AUGAGUAUUAAAGAAGACGAAGUGGAAACUUUUCUGGAUAGCAAUCCAGAUUUUACUAAGCAAUAUUUCGAGAAGAAAAUGCUGGACGGGACCUCCUGGGCAAUGCCAAGCUCGGGUCAACUUUCUGAAGAUUUUAUGGGCUUUGAAGGGUCGGGCCAGGAGGAUGACAGCGAAACGCUCUUGGAGCUGAUACAAGACAUGCAAGAGAGCAUCAACAUGGAGAAGGUGGUCUUCAAGACCCUAAGAAGAAUUAGCGUUCUGAUCCAUGCGGACCGCUGCAGCCUCUUCAUGCACAGGCAGCGGAACAGCACGCCGGAGCUUGCCACUCGGCUCUUCAAUGUUCAUAAGGAGAGCACCAUGGAGGAAUGCCUGGUGCCCCCUGACUGUGAAAUUGUUUUCCCAUUGGACCUUGGUGUGGUUGGGCACGUUGCUCAGACCAAGAAGACGGUAAACAUCCAGAAUGUUGGAGAGUGCCAUCAUUUUAGUAAGUUUGUAGAUGAACUCACUGACUACACCACAAGGAACAUCCUGGCAACCCCAAUCAUGAAUGGCAAGGAUGUGGUUGCAGUGAUCAUGGCUGUGAAUAAGGUCGGAGGUCCAUAUUUCAGCACUGCAGAUGAAAAACUUUUCCUGAAGUAUCUCAAUCUUGCCUCUUUGAACUUAAAAAUUUAUCAUUUGAGCUACCUUCACAACUGUGAAACUCGAAGAGGCCAGGUUUUGCUCUGGUCUGCCAAUAAGGUAUUUGAGGAACUGACUGACAUUGAGAGACAAUUUCACAAAGCACUUUACACAGUGAGAGCAUAUUUGAACUGUGAAAGGUAUUCUGUUGGCCUUCUGGAUAUGACCAAACACAAGGAAUUCUUUGACCUCUGGCCAGUUCUAAUGGGUGAAGUUCCACCUUAUUCAGGGCCUCAAACACCAGAUGGCAGAGAGAUUGUCUUUUAUAAAGUUAUUGAUUAUGUUUUACAUGGAAAGGAAGAAAUUAAAGUAAUCCCAAAUCCUAAGGCAGAUCACUGGGCACUAGCAAGUGGGCUCCCAACUUAUGUCACAGAAACUGGUUUUAUCUGCAACAUUAUGAAUGCUGCUUCAGAUGAAAUGUUUACAUUUCAGGAAGGACCUGUUGAUGACUCAGGCUGGACCAUCAAAAAUGUCCUCUCCAUGCCAAUAGUAAACAAAAAGGAAGAAAUUGUAGGUGUUGCUACAUUUUACAACCGGAAAGAUGGAAAGCCCUUCGAUGAACAGGAUGAAACCCUAAUGGAGUCCCUGACGCAAUUUCUUGGCUGGUCUGUGCUCAAUACUGAUACUUAUGAUAAGAUGAAUAAACUGGAGAAUCGGAAGGAUAUUGCACAGGAUAUGGUGCUCUACCAUGUGCAAUGUAGCAAGGAUGAAAUCCAAGCAAUCCUGCCAACUCGAAAGAAACUUGGCAAAGAGGUGACUGAAUGUGAUGAGGAAGAGCUGGCAGAAAUCCUAAAAACAGAGCUUCCAGAUCCUGCACAGUUUGAAAUCUAUGACUUCCACUUUUCUGAUCUGGAAAGGACUGAACUCGAGCUUGUGAAAUGUGGCAUUCAGAUGUACUAUGAACUCGGAGUGGUGAAAAAGUUCCAGAUUCCGCAGGAGGUGCUGGUAAGAUUUAUCUAUUCUGUCAGUAAAGGUUACAGAAGGAUUACUUAUCACAACUGGCGCCAUGGCUUCAACGUUGCACAAACCAUGUUCACACUUCUCAUGACAGGCAAUCUGAAGCGGUACUACACGGAUCUCGAAGCACUUACUAUGGUGACUGCUGCUUUGUGCCAUGAUAUCGAUCACCGAGGAACCAACAAUCUUUAUCAGAUGAAAUCUCAACAUCCCUUAGCAAAACUUCAUGGCUCAUCAAUUCUUGAGAGACACCACUUGGAGUUUGGUAAAUUUCUGCUCUCAGAAGAGUCCCUGAAUAUUUAUCAGAAUCUCAACAGGAGGCAGUUUGAGCAUGUGACUCACUUGAUGGAUAUUGCCAUUAUUGCUACGGACUUAGCAUUGUACUUCAAAAAGAGAACAAUGUUUCAGAAAAUUGUGGAUGAAUCCAAAACCUACAACAGUGAGAAAGAGUGGGUUGAAUAUUUGUCUCUAGAAGCCACAAGAAAAGAGAUUAUCAUGGCCAUGAUGAUGACUGCCUGUGACCUGUCUGCUAUCACAAAGCCCUGGGAAAUACAGAGUAAGGUGGCACUGCUUGUGGCAGCUGAAUUCUGGGAACAGGGUGAUAUGGAGAGAUCUAUACUUCAGCAACAGCCUAUCCCUAUGAUGGACCGAAGGAAAGCUGCUGAGCUCCCAAAACUUCAAGUUGGUUUCAUUGAUUUUGUCUGCACAUUCGUGUAUAAGGAAUUCUCACGCUUCCAUACAGAAAUUCAGCCAAUGUAUGAAAGAUUGCUGAACAACAGAAACGAGUGGAAAGCCCUGGCAGAGACAUAUGAUGCAAAAAUGAAAGCUUUGGAGGAAGAACAAAAGAAAGAGGCCGAGAAAACAGUCACCAGCAAAGGUUAG